CAGACGAAAUUACUGCAAGCGGGUUGCAAGUAGAUGGAUUAUUACAAAAAAAAAAAAAAAAACUUGCCCAUCCCUCAAAAUAGCACAUGCCUCAAUCAAUACAGGACAAUGGUGAAAUAAUGCACUGCAGCAAUAACUGGCAACUGUUACAGCUGCUGUGAAAGCGCUUGUGUCAGCAGUGGAGCAGGAUGUCCAUGCGGGCGCUGCGUCUGCUGUCAGUGCACGGAGAGCUCGGGGAGGCACCAGUUGCUCAGUCGCUGCUGUGACAGUGGAUCUAGACCCGUGUCUCCCGUUCCUGAGUGAUGACAACACUUUAUAUAUCUGCGCGACCUGAAACAAUCGCGGCGGAGGGAUAAGUGAGGCCGAAGGCGUUUGUGUUUCCACCCCGCGUUGAUUUGUGCGCUCUGCUGACUAUGGUGGAGCUGGAGAAGGAGGUUCUGCCGCUGCCGCCGCGCUACCGGUUCCGAGACCUGUUGCUCGGGGAUUGGCAGAUGGACGACAGAGUGCAGGUAGAGUUCUAUGUGAAUGAAAACACUUUCAAGGAACGUCUGAAGCUGUUCUUCAUCAAAAACCAAAGAUCCAGUUUGAGAGUGCGACUCUUCAACUUCUUCCUGAAGGUUCUGAGCUGCCUGCUCUACAUCGUACGAGUCCUGCUAGACGACCCACGGGAGGAGAGAGACUGUCCUGGCUGUCUCAGACAGAAUGCAUCUGCUCACAACAGAAGCCAUUUUGACUGGUCCCUCAUUAUUUGGGUGAACAGGCCUUUGCCACUCUGGGCUCUUCAGGUGUUUGUUGCAUUCAUCAGUUUUUCAGAGACCAUGUUGCUGGUGUACCUCAGUUACAAGGGCAACGUUUGGGAGCAAGUGUUGCGUAUUCCGUUCAUUCUAGAGAUGAUCAGCACCGUUCCUUUCGUGAUCACUGUGAUUAUGCCCUCCUUCAGAAACUUGUUCAUUCCUGUUUUUCUGAACUGCUGGCUGGCCAAACACGCUCUAGAGAACAUGAUUAAUGACCUGCACAGAGCGAUUCAGCGAACACACUCGGCCAUGUUCAACCAGGUGCUCAUCCUCAUCAGCACCCUGGUCUGCCUCAUCUUCACUUGUAUCUGUGGUAUUCAGCACUUGGAACGGGCAGGGAACAACUUGACGCUCUUUGACUCUCUGUAUUUCUGUGUUGUCACCUUCUCUACUGUGGGCUUUGGUGACGUUACACCUCAGAUCUGGCCCUCUCAGCUACUGGUGGUCAUCAUGAUCUGUGUGGCUCUUAUAGUUCUACCAAUACAGUUUGAGCAGUUGGCUUUCUUGUGGAUGGAGCGACAGAAGUCUGGAGGGAACUACAGCCGAUAUCGUGCCCAGACUGAGAAGCACGUGGUGCUGUGUGUCAGCUGUCUCAAGAUAGACCUCCUCAUGGACUUUCUCAACGAGUUCUUCGCUCACCCCAGACUGCAGGACUACUAUGUGGUCAUCUUAUGUCCCGCUGAGAUGGACGUCCAGGUGCGAAGGGUACUGCACAUCCCACUAUGGGCUCAGAGGGUCAUCUACCUGCAGGGAUCUGCUCUCAAAGAUCAAGACCUAAUGAGGGCAAAGAUGGAUGAUGCCGAAGCCUGUUUUAUCCUAAGCAACCGGUUUGAAGUGGACCGCUUUGCCGCUGACCAUCAGACCAUUCUUAGGGCCUGGGCCGUGAAGGACUUUGCCCCAAACUGCCCUCUCUACGUGCAGAUCCUCAAACCUGAGAAUAAGUUCCACAUCAAGUUCGCAGACCAUGUGGUUUGUGAGGAAGAGUUUAAGUAUGCCAUGUUGGCCCUCAACUGUGUGUGUCCUGCCACCUCCACCCUGAUCACCUUAUUGAUUCACUCCUCUAGAGGACAAACAGCAUCUUCAGAGGCCUUCAAGCAGCGAGCAGGUGCCUUCCAGCCCCUCAACAGGGAAGGCAGUGCUGGCUCCGUCGACCAAUGGCAGCGCACAUACCGACGGUGUGCAGCCAAUGAGGUCCACCACAUCCGGCUGGAAGAGAGCAAGUUUUUUGGAGAAUAUCAGGGAAAGAGUUUCACUUUUGCCUCCUUUCACGCACAUAAGAAAUACGGCGUGUGUCUGAUCGGGGUGCGCAGGAUGGACACAUCCAACAUCCUCAUGAACCCCGGACCCUGCCACAUCAUGGGAGCCUCCGACACCUGUUUCUACAUCAACAUCUCCAAGGAGGAGAACUCAGCCUUUGUUAGGGGCCACAGAGGGCCAGUGAGGGGCCACGGGGGCGACUCCAGAGGGGUUCCACAGACAAUCUAUCAUGGCCUCACCCGGCUACCAGUGCACAGUAUUAUAGCCAGCAUGGGCACGGUAGCCAUAGACCUGCAGGACUCCAGUGACAGCAGUCCAGAAGGCUCGGGCCCGCCGCCUCUGGGCAGUGGGACUGUGAGCAGGAGUGGCUCCAGGACAGAAGUGGGCGGCUGUAACACACUAGCACUGCCCGCCAUGAGUGGCUCAGGGGAAGAGAGCAGACACAGCAUCGCCCCCGUCCUGGAGGUGGUCGAUGGGGUGCACAGCCCUAACUUUGACCUGCUUGGAGACCAAUCAGAGGACGAGGGAGGAGAGGAGGGAAAGGAGGAAGAGGGGGGAGAGCAGAAAGGCCAGUGGUGGGGAGCACACUGCGAGUGGGUCAAAGGCUAUCCGCUAAACUCUCCAUACAUCGGCAGCUCUCCUGCCCUCUGCCACCUCCUGCAGGAGAAAAUGCCAUUUUGCUGUCUGCGCCUGGAUAAGGCUUGUCAUCAUAUGCCCUACGAGGACGCUCGCUCAUACGGCUUUAAAAACAAACUGAUUAUCGUGUCCGCAGAAAGCGCUGGAAACGGCCUCUAUAACUUCAUCGUUCCGCUGCGGGCGUAUUACCGGCCCAGGAAGGAGCUCAACCCCAUCGUUUUACUACUGGAGAACGUACCUGAGACAGACUUCCUGGAAGCCAUCUGCUGGUUUCCUAUGGUCUUCUACACAGUGGGCUCCAUCGACAAUUUGGAUAGUCUUCUGCGUUGUGGCGUGACGUUUGCUGACACCAUGGUUGUGGUGGACAAAGAGAGCUCCAUGAUCGCUGAGGAGGAUUACAUGGCUGAUGCCAAGACCAUUGUUAAUGUUCAGACGCUCUUCAGGCUCUUUCCAGCUCUCAGUAUCAUAACUGAACUCACCCACCCGGCCAACAUGCGCUUCAUGCAGUUCAAAGUGAAAGACCACUAUUCUCUAGCUCUCUCCAAACUGGAAAAGAAAGAGAGAGAGAGAGGAUCGAACCUGGUGUUUAUGUUCAGAUUACCGUUUGCAGCUGGGAAGGUGUUUAGUGUCAGUAUGUUAGACACUCUGCUCUAUCAGUCCUUUGUGAAGGACUACAUGAUCUCCAUCACCAGACUGCUGCUAGGUCUCGACUCCAUGCCUGGAUCUGGCUUCCUGUGUGCUAUGAAGAUCACAGAGGAGGACUUGUGGAUCCGCAGUUAUGGUCGUCUCUACCAGAAGCUGUGCUCGUCGACAGGAGACAUUCCCAUCGGCAUCUACCGCACUGAAGCGCAUAAACUGCCCGUCUCAGAGUCUCAGGUGUCCAUCACGGUGGAGGACUACGAGGAUACGCGUGAACCCCGCGAGCCUCUGCUCUGCCGCUCCGGUCUUCACCGUAACUCCACGUCGUCCGAGCCUCCCUCCUCCUCCUCAUCAUCACAGGCCAUGGACCACCCGCUCCUGAGGAGGAAGAGCAUGCAGUGGGCGCGGCGGUUGAGUCGUAAAGGUGGGCGGGGCUCCAGCGGGGCCAAGGGAGUGGGUAGUGCAGCCGAGCGCAUCAGCCAGCAGAGACUGAACCUGUUCCGCCGCUCCGAGAGACAGGAGCUCAACGCUUUGGUCCGCACACGCAUGAAACAUCUGGGGCUCUCGCCAUCUGGAUUUAAUGGGAUGACGGACCAAGGCAACAGACUGUCUUAUAUUCUUAUCAACCCUUCCCCUGACACACACCUGGAGCUCCAUGAUGUCGUGUAUCUGAUCAGACCAGACCUUCUGUCACCAGUGCCUAACCAGGCGGGCGGUCGCAAGCCCAGCGCAGGGCCAGCAGAGGCACAGGACAGCAGGGCCAGAUUUGAGACACAGGACAGCACUCAUCUAUGAACACAAUCACCACAGGCCACCAGCACGAGAAGAUGGGACAUACUUGUGUGUGUACGGCUGAGAGAGAGAGAGAGAGAAAGAGAGGAAUACCUCUGCAGAAGUGACCGUGAGCUGAAUCUACACUGUAAAAAGUGAUCUAGCUUUUAGUUGCCUUCAAUCAAAUAGUCAGUGCAACUGAAAUUGUUGAGAGAACAGGAUUUUUAUGCUUUCAUUCAAUCAACUAAUGGAUGCAUUUCACUGAAACUAUAGAGAGUAUAGAAUUAUGAUUUGCAUAAACUAAAUGAAGCCUUUUUAAGACUGUUUUGAACUAUGAUAGACUCUUAAAAAUAAAGGUGCUUCAAAAGGUUCCAUAGAAGAACUAUUUUUGGUUCCCCAGAGAACCAUUCAGUCAAAGGUUCAUUAAAGAAGCAUCUCUUUCUAAACUUUUUAUAAUGUGAAGAACCUUCUUUUGCCACAAAGAACCUUUUGUGAUACAGAGAGGUUCUUCAGAUGUUAAAGGUUCUUUAUGGAACCAUUUAGACAAAAAGGUUCUUCUAUGGCAUCGUGAAGCACCUUUAUUUUUAAGAGUAUCUAUUUUCAUGACAAUUAAAUCUAUUUCCCUCCUUUGGAAUUCAAUUCACAGCAUGUUUCACAUGAAAAGAAAUGCAACUUUGAUUCCACAAAAUAUGGUAAUUGUAAUGAUUAUGUAACAAUCAUAAUGGUCUUAAAAGUAGGCUUCAUUCUUUAUACAUAAAUAAUUAAUUUUUCUUGACAUGGACAUGUUUUUCACCUAAAUUAAUAAUGAUUUGAAGAUUGAAGAAUCUCUCAAGAAAAUGCUUUAAAAAAAAAAAGAAAAGAAAAGAAAACAGUAUUACGAAUACCUGCUUAUUAUACUUUCAGUCAUUUCUUUCACCCUUGUGCUUUGCUCCAGUCGCACAAUAGAGUCUAAAAACGUCUACGCUAACUUCUAUGUCUAUGAUCAUAACUAAACAACAUUUACAUGGCUUGUUUGAUUCAAGUAUGAUCCUUUAAAUAACAGGUGGUGGAAUGUUUAAAUUUAUCUAAUGUAUCUUAAAUGAUCUUAUCUAAUGUAAAAGACAAAACCUGCCUGUGACAGUGUAUAAAACAAAAGAGUCUGUACAAACCAAGAUGAAACUGCCAUCUGUUAAGGCAUGAGUCAUCUAUCAUUUCUAAGUAAUUCUUUCAACACAUUCUACACCAAAAUGAGUGUUUCUGUUGGUCAAGAAACGCUCAAGGGUUUGAUUCCCAGGAAAAACACAUACAGUAGAAUGAUCAAAUGUUUCCUUUAGAUACACAGUAAGAUGAAAAUGUAAAGACAAGGCGACUGGUUAGAAAACAGGGAACAUUAAAAUAACUGCAAGUUUUAAAAUACUAGAAGAGUUGCGACUAUCAAAUAUUUGUUGUCUACACUUUUUAAUUUGUCAAGAGUAUACAAAACUAACAAUAUCUAUUGGAUCUUACAUUAAGUCAAGGAUUUUAAAUAAAAUUUACAUAAAGUUCUCCAAAGAAAAUACUGGAUUCGUUUUAAAUUACAUAAAUGCAAAUGGGUUCCAAACUUUUGUAUAUUUAAGCAACAAAUCACUUUUUACAGUGUAAUCCAAUCCUUAUUUUCUUACUAAAGGACUUUCCAAUGCAUGGACCUUUGAAAAACUCAUUUACAUUUGAUUUAUGCAUCAAAUUAUUUUUGAUGCCAGACAGCCGAAGCCACGUAAGUGCAUUUAUGAUGUAACUUGUAUCAGUCUCUGUGCAUGUGAAUGUACCUUAAUUAGCCAGCACUGCCAAUUUUGACUUGGACCGCCAAAGGAACACGCUGCCAAAUGUUCGUGGACGGGGUUUGUUCUCUGUUGCUCUGUGACAUGUACAUUCAUUGUAUGUCAGCCGCUCUGAGGACCCUGGGAUUCAUCAAGCCGUAUCAGAUCACCGGUGCUUGUACAUUUUGUGCACGUUUUCUACCGUUCUCAUUUCCCAAACUCUCUCUGGACUUGCAUAUUGCUUUGCAAGCUGCCAAAAAGGAGCUUAUUACAUGGCCAAAUGAACGAUCCACAAUAUUUCUCAUUGUUUUACCACAACAUCUGUUGGUUAUUCCCAGAGGAGGCUUUAGGAACAAGCCCUUUCUGUGUCUUCAGUAACAUUUUGAAGUCAUCGUCUUUGAAAGAAAUUGAAUUCUUUCUGUGAAAUGGCUUAAGUCUCUGUUAGAUGUUUGCUUUGAUAAGAUCAUCUGUUCAGCUAUGGGUUUGUGGGUUUCUUUGUUUUCUUCUCCCUUUUAUUGAGAUGUUUAUGCCUUUUCCAAGGCUGUUUUUGUCUUUGUCAGUAUACUAUCCUGUUGCUGGCAUGCAUGCUCAAGAACAUGCAUGUAUAGACCAAGGAUUUGUUCGUCCUGCCAUAAAGUACAGGAGUGAGCGAGAUUGUACCGUCCUGCUGCCCUGUGUUGAUUAAGCACUUUUGCCUUGAUUCAGUGCCAUUCAAACACAGGAGCAUAAUAAAAUCAA